AUGCCGAUGGCUGCCGACCCGCCGCAGCCAGAGAAACUGGACACAUCGGAAAACCUGAGUGCAGCCGGUUUGGCGGAGGAGUCCGAAAAAGUGGGCGGGGUCCCGAUCCAUCACCGGUACCGCCGAGACCUGCUGAACGAAGACGGCGUCGAGCUAUGCUUCGAAGAGGUUCGAGCUAAAGAAUUUCUCGACAAACGAAAGAAGCAAUUGCACGAGGAAUGUCUGCGUCUGUGUGAAGAGAAGAUGCAGUUGGAGCUGCAGGUGGCGCACAGGAGCAGCCUGAUGCGGCAGUCCGCACGUUACGACGCUACCCGCAGCGUCUCUGAGGAACCUUCUUCGCUGCCGCCGUAUUCCGGGAUGUCUGAGGCGGACCUCGGCGCCAACAAGACCGCUCGUCUCCCAGACACUGCUGGUCUGUCUCAGCGUAGCAACGGCGGUCCGGAUCAAACACGAGACCAGGUGUUCACUUCCGUGGCGGAGGUCGUCCCAGAGACUCGCUCGAAAGGGGAUGGCACUAAUCCGCACCGGCGGGACGUGAUGUCUUGCGACCUGCCUUCCGGCGUGGAGUUUGAAGAGCCUCUUCCGGACGUGCAGGAAGACUACGUCGUGUGUCUCGGCGGCAAGCGCUACCAGACGUCGCGGCGCCUUCUGGCGGAAAGUGGCGUGCUGGCCUACGAGGGCUCGCGAGGCCAAUGCUCCGUCAUCAUCAAGGUGGAUCGCUGCCAGGUCUCGAGGGAUUUUGACGCGUUCGGUCGUCUGACCGAUACUUGGCCGGCUGGCGCAGACUCGCCGCGGGUCCAACGUUUUCAAUUUCGGGACGGCUGCGUCACCGUCUACGAAACCCCGCCCUCACACAUUUUCUCAGAGUUUUCGGAGCGCCUGCUGAGUGAGGACUCGUUGCCGGCCUUGGCGCCUUCCCUGCUGAGGCUGAUGGAGGCGAUGCGCGCCUGCGGCGCAGAGCCUGCGGACCUACGGCCGGACUCUCUCAUCUCGUGUCACACCAUGGGAGCGGGCUCCGAUUGGCUAUUUCCUCUGGAAUGGCGCGCGGCAGCGACGGACGCGCGGGAGGAUCAGGCGGACUCCCCGGACGUGGCCCAAAGGCUGCAUCUCCUGCUAACCGAGUACAAGACGGCAGCUGUCGAGCGCCGGACGGCGGAUAGCUCUGGACCGAGAUGGCGUCCCAGCUGCUCCGAGGAGAAGAAACGCAAUCGUAAAAAAGACGAAGAUGGACUAAAGAUGGCCAACAACACAGGCCAGUUGUUACACGCUCUGGAAAGAUCGGAGGCUCGUCCGGACGGCGGCUACAAACACAAAUGGAGUUUCUCUGCACGAGAAAAUGAGGAGGACCAUCGCUCCGCCGUGACGACUUCGCCAGGUACCGACAAGCUGGAGUCUCCGUCCUCGCACGGAAACAAGUCUCCACCUUUGAGGCCUUUCAUCUCUGCCGACCCCCUGAGGACGUACGAAAAGCGCUUCUAUGGUCUUGCCAGGCCCAAAAAGCUCAAUACUUUGAAAGUCCCAGGGGAAAAAAAUGAGGGAGGUCACGGCCCAGGUUUGCUUUUUCACAGCCUAACGUCAUCCCCGGCCGGUGCCGGUAACUACCCGAUGGUCAACCACGCCCCUUCGCAAGGAUUAGUGCUGCAGGGUCGCCAUUUUCAGCACGCGCAGAUGGCCUCCGCCCUGGGGAAGCCCGUCCAAAGGGACGACUCGACAGGCGACGUCGGGGAGGCGGCGGAAGUAGACAACAUUGUGCUCACUUGUCCUGAUUCGCCAGGCGACCGCAUCAAACGCCUGGUCAGUCAAAAGAGGAGAUCGCCGGAGGUGAGUCGGCCACCGUCGACGUUUGAAGUGGGAGGGUCGGCGGCGAAGGAAGGAACAUCGAGUGCGGCCGUCUACCAGACGCUUUGCGGCAAGUGCAGAAAGCCGUGCGAGGACAGCAGCCGCUGCCGCCACUGCGGCAACAGUCCGGCAUGUCUGCCGUCACCGUCGCCCCGCGCCCCUCUUCGACCGGUGUCGCCGGACCGCCCGGAAGCGCCGCUGGGCGACCGCCGACGAUCUCCCCCGCCGGCUAGCGCGUCCCGCUGCCGCGGUGCCCGCGAGUUACCCAGAGGCAGGGCGAAGACGGCGCCCCGAAUCGACCGCCCCAGUGAGUCUUCGGCCGUCGGUCGGACGGGGAGAGAAAGCCGUCGUCCACCGCUGCACCUUGUUUUUCCACUAGUCGUCCUGUCCAGCGACGACGAAGCCGACGACGGCGCCGGGCGACCGGACAACGUCUCGCCUCGGCCCGCCGACUCGGCGCAUUCGUCGCCGGCACCCUGCGGCGGCGGAGCAGAGGCGAAAAGCGGCGGAGACAUGAGCGCCGCCUACUUUGAGGACGUGGAUCUGCGGAUGGUCAUACCGCGGCGGAACCGGAUGAAGGACCAGUUGGGACUGCGGCCGAGUUCUCCUCAAAAUAAGCGUUUCAAAGGGGAGCCCGCGAAGUGCGGCAGCAUCAUCCUGCAAUGCCGGAGCAUCCGCGUGGGAACGCUGCGGCGGAUGGUGACCAAGCCGGUGGUGUUUUCCGUGGAGCACAUCCAACUGGAGACGGAAGGGCCGGAGCCCAACACGUCGGAGAAGGUGCUCCUGCGGGCUUCGGAGCUGGUCCGCUGCGAGUGGUGCAGUGUCCGCAAGCUGCCCGUCCUCUUCUUCCAGACCACGCCCGACGAGUGCGUCCGACUGCGCGCGCAGCUCAACAUGACGCCGGACGUCGGCGGCCAGUGGUACGACUGCCAGGGUCAACAAUCGGACGAGAAGUACAUCGUGUUGAUAUUCGCCGACGGUCUGGACAUGAAGGAGCAGAUGAUCCUGGAGGACAUCUUGUUCGAAAUCGGGCACAACAACGACUUGGACGACUUUCCCUCCAAGUUGCCCUUCGAAGAGGCCAACAUCCGCCUGGUUAACUUCAACAAGGCCACCAAGCAGAAGCAAGAUAAGGUGCCGCAAAGAUUAGCGUACUCUGCUACGGUGUUUUUCAUUUUGUGUGUGUGUGCUCGCACGCAGCUAAAGGGCGUCACCACCCCGUCUCGGUGUUUGCCCGUCACCAGGAGCUUCAGCGCUGCCAUCGCAGCCACUUUUUUUGAGCAGGAGAACAUAGAAGUGGCCGACCUGCAGCCCACCUUCUCGGGCCCGCCAGUCAAGCUGAUGGUUUACCCCCCUCCUCCGGCCAAAGGGGGCAUUUCGGUCACCAACGAAGACCUCCACUGCCUUAACGAGGGAGAAUUCCUUAAUGACGUUAUCAUCGAUUUUUAUUUAAAAUAUUUAGUUUUGGAGAAACUGAAGAAAGAAGAUUCCCAAAGAAUCCACGUCUUCAGCUCCUUCUUCUACCGGCGGCUCACCCAAAGGGAGAAGGGCAGCGCCCCCGACAGGAACACCAAUCUCCCGAUCCCCAAACGCAAGCACAACAGGGUCAAGACGUGGACGCGGCACGUGGAUCUCUUCGAAAAGGACUUUGUCUUCGUUCCCAUCAACGAAUCGGCGCACUGGUACCUGGCGGUGAUCUGCUUCCCCGGCGCCGACCCCCCUUCGGAGGAACUGCCGGAGGGACCCCGGCCCGAUCCUACCGAGCGGCCCUCCGAACCGCGCUACGCCGGCGAGUUGCACAGAAUCAGCGUGUGUUACGCGAACGACUACGACCAGAUGUCGGACGAGCGGAGCUCCUGUCAGGACGAAGGCAGCGACGACGGCGCUCUGCCGGCAGAGGACGCCUCCGACUCGGCCCCGGCCUCCGACGCCGGCGAAGUCGACCGCUGCAAAAGGUCGUGCAUCCUCAUCAUGGACUCCCUGCGCGGUCCCACCAGGUCAACAGUGGUCAAGACGCUGAGAGAGUACCUGGAAGUGGAGUGGGAAGUGCGCAAAGGCAGUAAGCGCAGCUUUGGCAAAAAUGUCAUGAAGGGCUCCAGUCCUCGCGUGCCUCAGCAGGACAACUUCAGCGACUGCGGAAUCUACGUCCUGCAGUACGUGGAGAGCUUCUUUGAGAACCCCAUCAGCAACUUCCAGCCGCCCGUCAACCUGACCGAGUGGUUCCCUCAGCAGAGGAUGAAGAGCAAACGUCAGGAGAUUGCUAGCUUGAUCCUGCGCAUCCGAGACCAGCAGGAAGCCCGCCGGGAGGGGGCCGAGGCCUUGCCCGAGGUCCAGGAGGCGUCCGGCGCCGACCCUCCGCCGCUCGACCCCUGA